AUGGCCGAUAUUAACGUAGAUGUUCUCGUUAUUGGAGCUGGACCAACUGGUCUUGGAGCUGCAAAGCGUUUAAACCAAAUCCAGAAUAAUGCAUCUUGGAUGAUCAUCGAUUCAAACGAAACUCCUGGUGGUCUCGCAUCUACUGAUACAACUCCUGAAGGCUUCCUUUACGAUGUUGGCGGACACGUUAUCUUCUCUCAUUACAAAUACUUUGACGACUGCAUUGAUGAGGCUUUACCAAAAGAGGACGAUUGGUACACACACGAACGUGUCUCCUACGUUCGCUGCAAGAACCUUUGGGUUCCUUAUCCAUUCCAAAACAAUAUUUCCGUUCUGCCAAAGGAGGAACAAGUCAAAUGUGUUGAUGGUAUGGUUGAUGCUGCAUUAGCAGCUCGCACCGCUACGACAAAGCCAAAGGACUUUGAUGAGUGGAUCGUUAGAAAUAUGGGUGAAGGAAUCGCGAAUCUGUUCAUGAGACCAUACAAUUACAAAGUCUGGGCAGUUCCAACCACUGAUAUGCAAUGCGCAUGGCUCGGGGAGCGUGUAGCAGCUCCAGAUGUCAAGACUGUUGUCAAGAAUGUAAUCCUCAACAAGGUCGCUGGAAACUGGGGUCCUAACGCCACUUUCCGUUUCCCUGCUCGCGAUGGUACUGGUGGUAUCUGGAUUGCCGUUGCCAAGACUUUACCAAAAGAGAAGACAUUAUUUGGAAAGGAGGGAGAAGUGAAGAAGGUUGAUGCUGAUGCACACACCGUCACUCUAUCCAGUGGCAAGACCAUUGGCUACAAGAAGUUGAUUACCACCAUGGCCGUGGAUCAACUUGUUGAACAAAUGGAAGAUAAGGAACUCAUUACUUUGAGUAAGGAUUUGUUCUACUCAACAACCCACGUUGUUGGUGUUGGAAUUAGAGGAGAACGACCAGAGAACAUUGGAGACAAGUGUUGGCUCUACUUCCCAGAAGAUGAUUGCCCAUUCUAUAGAGCAACUAUCUUCUCAAACUACUCCCCAUACAAUCAGCCAGAUAAGUCUGUUAAGCUUCCUACCUUGUACCAUGCAGAUGGUAGCAAGCCAAAGUCUUCAGAGGCUCAGGAAGGUCCUUACUGGUCUAUUAUGUUGGAGAUCUCACAAUCCACCAAGAAGGCCGUGGAUGUCGAGAACAUUCUUAGAGAUUCCAUUCAAGGUCUCAUUAAUACCGAGAUGAUUAAGUCUAGCGAUGAGAUCGUCUCCACUUAUCACAGAGCUUUCGAUCACGGCUAUCCAACUCCUUCCCUUGAAAGAGAAGGUGUAUUGACACAGCUCUUACCAAAGCUUCAAGAAAAAGACAUCUAUUCCAGAGGACGUUUUGGUUCAUGGAGAUAUGAAGUUGGAAACCAAGAUCACUCGUUCAUGUUGGGUGUUGAGGCAGCCGAUCACAUUGUGAAUGGAGCCGUUGAGCUUACUCUUAACUACCCAGACUUUGUCAAUGGUAGAAAGAACACUGAGAGAAGACUAUUUGAAGGAGCCCAAGCAUUUCAAAACAAAGAUUUACCUUCACGCCUCGCCAACUAG